GGACAUCUGACACAUCACAAAGGAAUAAAAGUUCCGUCAAUUUUGCAGGAUCUGUGGUUGAAAGGAGAGAAACGUUGAAAAUUAGCUGUAUUUAUCUGGUGUACAUGCAUAGGAUCGCAUUGCUGCCACUCAGACAGCUUGAAAGUGGAUGCCCCGUGAACUCGUGGUUGAAUUUGAACUCAAAAAUCUAUAAGUUGACAGCAUUGCUGAUAGAUUGUUGAUUCAAAGACUACAGAACAAUGGUAAUCCAGAAUGGCCAAGCAGUAUGACUUCUCGUGGCAGAGACCAGUCCCCGAGAUCCUGCUGAAAGGGGGGAUACUAGACAGGUGGGAUGAGAAUGAAAAUGGGGUGGAGCCUAACUGUCGAGUCAAAGUGGAUGAAUAUGGAUUCUUUAUAUAUUGGAAGAGCGAAGGAAGGGAGGGCCAGGUGAUUGAGUUAUCCCAGGUCAGUGAUGUCCGUGCCAAUGUUAUUCCAAGAGUUGCUAUAGAUAAUACCAAAGUUUUAUCAGAUCUAGAAUCCAAAGUUCCUGGGAACUUGGAAAACUGUUUUAUAACCAUAUGCUCCGGGCUGGACCUGGUCAAUAUCAACUACACACAUUUUGUAGCUCCUGACGCUGACACUGCUAGAGAAUGGAUAGAAGCUUUACGCAAGAUUACCCACAAUCACAAGGCCAACAAUGUGUGUCCCAUGACAUGUCUCAAGAAACACUGGAUGAAGCUUGGGUACAUGGUGAAUCCCAAUGGGAAAAUUCCUGUAAGAAGCAUCACCAGGACUUUUGCCUCUGGUCGUACCGAGAGGUUAAUUAUGCAGUCAUUGAAGGACCUGGGGUUUCCUAGUGGCAAGAUUGAUGAAAUAGAAACAUCCCAGUUUACCUUUGAAAAAUUCUAUGAGCUUUAUCAUAAGAUCUGCCCUAGGACAGAUAUUGAGGAGUUAUUCAAAGAAGUUUCAAAAGGAGGUGAUCAUCUGACCAUGAUACAACUGAUAGAAUUUCUUAAUGAGAGGCAGCGGGAUCCAAGGCUCAAUGAAAUUUUAUUCCCAUUUUUUGAAAGAAAGCGGGUAUCCCAAAUUAUAGAAAAUUAUGAAAUCAAUGAAGACUUUAAGAAGAAAGAAUGGCUAAGUGUUGAUGGCUUCUGUCGCUACCUCAUGUCAGAUGAGAAUGCCCCGGUAUUUCUUGACCGCUUGGACAUUCAUCAGGAGAUGGACAAGCCACUGUCCCAUUACUAUAUCAAUUCCUCACAUAACACAUACCUGGUGGGUAGGCAGUUGGGUGGGCGGUCUUCAGUGGAGAUGUACAGACAGGUGUUACUAUCAGGCUGUAGGUGUGUAGAACUUGACUGCUGGGAUGGGAAAGGAGAAGAUGCGGAGCCCAUCAUUACCCACGGCAAGGCCAUGUGUACAGACAUCUUAUUUAAAGACGUAAUAUAUGCCAUUCGUGACACGGCGUUUGUCACAUCUGAUUUUCCUGUGAUACUUUCCUUUGAAAACCACUGUAGUAAGCGUCAGCAGUAUAAGCUGGCUAAAUACUGUGAGGAUAUACUUGGGGAAAUGCUACUAAAACAGCCAUUAGAAGAUGUGCCUCUGGAACCGGGUGUUCCCCUUCCAUCUCCCAGCCAGCUGAAGUUCAAAAUACUCAUCAAGAACAAGAGAUUAAAACUGGAAGUGGAAAAAAAACAUCUGGAGCUCUUCUACAGAGGCAAGGAAUCGGCCAUUAUUGAAGAAAAUGACCCAAGUGAGGAUGCAGAUUCUCUUGCUGAUCCUCUUGUAGAUGGAGUGAUGCUCCCUCUAGCAUUGGAAAAUGAGGACAAUGUCUCUUGUGUUUCAGAUGCUCCAAGAAAGAAGGCACCUCAGGUCCAAGAUGAAACAGUGCGAGAUGAGAAAGGUAGACGCCGUUUCCAUGGAGCUUUCACAGGAGGCUUCUCUGCUGGUUACUUCAAUACCGUGGGCAGUAAAGAAGGAUGGACACCGUCUUCAUUUGUUUCAUCAAGAACUAACAAAGCAGAGACCCAGGGACAAAAACCUGAAGAUUAUAUGGAUGCAGAGGACCUUGGGGAAUUUGGUAUAGCGCCUCGCAAGCUGAAGACUGCAGACAACUUCACCUCCGAGCAAGCCCAGAAGAAGCAUGCGGCUGAGAGACUGGAACUUGCAGGUGUCUUCUUUACCCAGCCAGUAUUACAAGACCUUAUCAUACCAUCACAGUUACCCAUGGGUGUGCGUCUGCUGAGGAAGAUGGGAUGGAAGGAAGGACAAGGUGUGGGCCCCAGGGUGAAGAGAAAAGCCAAAAAACAGGCAAUAGCACAAGAAGGCAAAGUAUAUGGCUGCUCUCUGCCUCCAGAUCAAAAUUCUGAUGAUUCUGACUAUGAUGAAUAUGCAGCUGGAUUGACCUUUGCCCCAAAAGAUGUCACCCCAAUCAGAUUUGAAGCCAAAGAUAACCAGCAUGGUCUGGGGUACAGUGGUCUCAAUCCAAAAGCUGCUUUACACUCUGGCCAUAUCAACUUGUUUAAGCCCUCUCCCAUAGGUGGCAGCACUGUAUCUGGUAGCAAGAGGGGCAUCCGAGGAAAGGCAUUUGGAGUGGGUGCUUUAGAAGAUGAUGAUGAAGAUAUAUAUGGUAUGGAUUCCAUGGCAAACUAUGAUAGAGAACUAACAGCUGAAUCAGACCACAAUUUUGGAUGGACUGCACCAAAACGUACAUCUAGGUUUUCAGAAGGUCUGCCCGCUGCAAUAACAGAGGGUCCCAGUCAUGUAACCAGAAUAUUGGAGGGUUUCACAAUAGCCUCCAAACCUCUUCAACCAAAGAAAUGCUUUCCACCUCCCCACAUUCCCAGGGGUUAUAAACCCUUCCAUACGUUCCUGAAACCCAAGGAAUCGUCAUCUGCCAGUUCCUCAGGAAAAUCUUUAGAUGCUGGUGCGAGGGGAGCAAUUUUAGGAGAAACGCCUGUGAUAGGAUCAGUGUUUGAAUUGGUCAACUCAGAAGGAAAAGCUAAACUGGAAGCUGCCAAGAUGAGUUCAACAACAUCAUCUGCUUCCUCAACAUCAUCAGUAACAACAUCUUCAACCUCGUCAUCUGGAACAUCGUGGGAAAAGGUUCAGGGUCCAUUUGAAGUUAAACAGCCACUGCUAAAGACACCACUGUUUCAGGGAAACACAAGUUCUUUUAAACCCUUUGUGAAAGAUCCAGCAAAGCAGGAGAGAUAUGAGAAGUAUUUGGAGCUGAAGAAGCAAGGGGCAGUAGACUGCUAUAAAACUGUGUCUCUGCCUCACAUGACAGAGUGGGAUAUGGAGAGAGAGGAGGAAGAAUUCAAGAGGGCAGCACAGCUGUUCAAACCCCUUAGCAGUCUCAUGGCCUCCAGGUUUACGCGGGCCAAAUUUGAAGACCACCAUGACGAGGUUGAGGUGCCCCCUGAUGACAGCACACCGGUCAGCGACCAGGCCAAAGCUGCCCAGAUGAAGAUGUUUGGAAAACUGACCAGGGAGAGGUUUGAGUGGCACCCAGAUAGACUGGUGUGUCGGAGGUUUAAUGUGCCUGAUCCUUAUCCUGGGUCCACUAUUGUUGGAGUUCCAACUGUCAAAAAGGACAAGUUUUCUGUGUACAACUUCUUAAGUGUUCCAGUGGAGGAGAGAGCACCCAGUCCUCCUAAAGCCAUCACUGCUGGAGAUGAAUCUGAACAACCAAGAAUGCCAAAGAGUAUAUUUGAUGCACCAGUUUAUAAACGUAGUGUGCUUCGUAACCGUGCCGAGAAGAGCAAAACAGAGAGUACAGUGAAUAAGGAGACAAAGUCCACAUCAGAUGUAAACGAUCUUUUGUCCUCAGUGAAGGAGAGUGAAGUCACGGUGGAAGGUCGCCCUCCCAUGGACCUGUUCAAGGCAAUUUUCCAAGAUUCAGAAUCUAGCAGUUCGUCAUCAUCAGAGGAAGAGGAGGAGGAAGAAAAACAGGAAGAGAAAAGCAGUAAUAAGCAGUCCCUCAUAGACCAACCAGUCAUGGUGCCAACCCAACAGGAACAUACCGCAGCAGAAAAAGCAGAUGGCAACUCCACCAUACCAGUUGAGAGCUUACAACAAAGGUUGUCACCCCCUCCAGCCAUACAGACUAAAAAUGGUACCAAGGAUGAGGAUGAGGAAAUGGAAGCAUUUGGGCCAGCUUUACCUCCACCAUCAGCACCAGGAGAAAGUCCAUCGGCAACCCCAGGCUUCCCAAGUCACGUGUUUAUUUCAGCAUCUGAAAGAGGGGUGCACAGGAAACUGAAACAUGCUCACAGGUCAAAAGAAAGUGACAGAAGUAAAAAGAAGAAAAAGAAAAAGGAAAAGAAGGCCAAGUAUAAGAAGAGCAAGCACAAACACAAAAGUUCCAAAAAGAAAAAGAAGUCGAAGACGUCAACUCCUUCCAGCUCAGAAGACAGCAAUGGCGGCUCUGACAGUUCUGAAGACGAAAGCAAAGACCAGAUACCUACUGAUGCUGAGAUUUUAGAGAGGCUGAAAGGACAGAGAAUGAGGGCUGCAGAUUUCAUGUAAAUACUUUGUUGACUGCGAUGAUGAUGAUGAUAAUGGCAACGAUGUCCGAUAUUGUGCUUUGAUUGUGUCUUUAUAUAUGUCAGUGGGUUCACUGGUUAUGUACGGAAAAACAGAGGUAAAGAACAUUAAUUUCUCCACACAGAUGUGAGGACAGCUAAGAAACAAGAAGGCAUUGACUUGAACAUCCAUUGUCCUACUGUGCAGUAAAAAUGUCUAUUUGGGAGUAGUGUUCUGUGUCGACCUGACUGGAAAGUUAGACACUUUUCUCUACCUGAGAACUUGUUACUAUGGGUUUUUUCCUUGAACCUAAAUAAGUAGCAUCUGUCCGUGUUCAAUUGAAAAGAUUAUUAGGACAAUGUCCUAAUCAGAAAAAAAAAAUUGAAAAUUGAUUUGACAGUUUUCUGCAAUAGCUUGUUAUGAAUUCACUUGUUAUGUAUGCUGAAUGUGAAGUUUAAGUUUAAUUGAAUACAUGUUAUUAUAACUACUGCUGAAUUGAAAAAUGUUGAUACUGAUAUAAAG